UCUGAAAUGUUUUGCAUAAAUAUCUUUUAAAAGCACCAAUCAUCUCCCCAGAAACACAUCCCCAUCUUUAUAGAACGUGUAUGAAGCAUACUGCGCGUGUGAGAUCAGCACUGGAGGAACACAUGUGGUGAGAUUGAUGGACGGAAGGAUUCCUGAGGACACGGUAUGAGUCUGAUUAACUGAAAAAGGGGAGCCAAGCACAGACGCAUCCUUCAGACUGUUAUCACUGGGAGGACUGUUUGAAAGUAAAACCCUUCACCACAACAUCUGAGGAAUUCAGGAGCCUUGGAGCCUGAAGGAGUCGUUCUAACAGCUUCCUGGAGCAUUAAAGGACACCUCCCAAAAAAACCUCCUCCCUGUUUCUUAUCAACCAAGCCACUGAGAGGGUCACACAGGUCACCUGACCAAACUGGACUAAUAGCAGAGAAAAGACUGGAGGGUUUUCUUUCUUUCUCACGCACUCAAGUCAACACACCCGCAGCAAAAAACAGGAAGUUAACCGAGUGUUGAAGCGAGAACCACGUGUAAAAGCUAGUCAGAGGCAGGCCACAGGAUAUAGUUUGGGACAAUAGCUCUCAGAGCUUUCUGUACUGCCUGAACUCAGUCCCCACCAUGCUGUGAAUGCAGAAACACACCAACCUGUACUGUAUGUAUUUAUGUGAGCAUCUGUGUGCAUAUGAGAUUAUUUAUUAGUGUCAUCACUGAGUGAGAACAUAUCAUUGUGCUAAAGUCGUCCUUGUGUGUGAAUAUAUGUGUCUGCAAAUAGCCAUCAGAGACGACUGCACAGCAACAUCAGCAUACGUGAGUGAAAACAACAAAAUAAGCUACCUUUAAGUAGUCAACACUGGUCGGAUACUGUAAACUGGACUGUUAAAUCAUUUGCACAUAUCAGCAGUGACAGAAUAAGAGCUGCAGAUUGCGGUGCUCUGGCUAAGCUCUUCUAUCAGUCUUUGCUUCAUAAAGACACAGGCUGAACUCGCACAAACCAGGGGGGAUCUCCGAGGAAAACAUGGAGGCAACCAUCCGUCCCCAUGUUCCCUCUAAUGGCUGACUUUACCGGAAGAGCCUAAUCUUUUCCACCUUGCCCAAAACCAGGCGGGGGGUGUCCAGCGCUGACAAGAGCUGCAGUCACUCUCUCUACAACCUCCAAGAACGUGUGAAUGUCCUGCCUCAGAUUUCAGCCCGUCGCCAUCCCCAUGGACACCGUGAAGAUCAUCCAGUCGGAGAAGUUCCCCAGAGAGUUCCCCAGAGAGUGCCCCGUGCCCGUCACACAGCCGCGCUAUGCCCCGCCCCCCAGAGUGGCGUGGGACGGCGGAGGUGAAGGAGAGAUCAUCGUCAACCAGGCCUGCAGCGACAUGACCCUGGACAUCACAGGGUCUCCCCGGGCCAUGGUAUCCCCCUCUGUGCCCGUGACCCGCAGGGAGCAGAGCUUCCUGGCGCAGCGCAAAACGAGUGCCAACGAAAUCUGCUACCACCAGUUCCACUACAAGAUGGAAGACGUCAUCGUCAACCAGUACGUGCUGCGCUCGUCGUCCACCUCCUCCUCCACCUCCUCGUCCUCCUCCACGGGGCCCGUCAUGCCCUGCGAGCCCCUGGACUGCCCCACCUGCGGUCACACCUACAACUUCGCCGGAAAGCGUCCGCGCAUCCUCUCCUGCCUGCACUCGGUGUGUGAGGAGUGCCUGCAGAUCCUCUACGAGUCCUGUCCCAAGUACAAGUUCAUCUCCUGCCCCACGUGCAGGCGCGAGACGGUGCUGUUCACUGACUAUGGCCUGGCUGCUCUGGCCAUCAACACCAGCAUCCUGAGCCGCUUGCCCUCCGACCCCAACGGGCCCGUGCAGUGGGGGGGGGAGGCCGACCGCAGCUGCUACCAGACUGUGCGCCAAUACUGCCAGUCAGCCUGCACCUGCCAGAUCGCCAACCCCUUGUCCUCCUGUGGCAUCAUGUAGACAAGGGGGGACACUGCAGGCAUGACUCGGACUCGACGCUCCCCCUCCCCACUACCACUCUUUUUCGUCUAUAAGCUAUUCCCGUUCUGCCAACUCCCCUCUCACACACACAUUCAGUAAAUAAAUCCCUCCACAGAUGUUAUCUCUAUAUAUUUAAUAGCACAGAUGGAUGCUAUGUGGGACUAAUGGAUGCUGAUGGUUCAAUAAAUAGUCAAUAAAUGUAUUUUAUGUAUGGACUGGAAUCCUAUUCACCCUCUCUUGUUUGGUUGGACGUGUUUGUCAUUGACAUCUCUUUACAUGCCAAGGGAGGUCUAUCCCCCCAACCUAGAGAUAAAUAAAUGAUAAAAGGAACUCUGUGUGGCCUUAUCUGUCAAGCUACAGAACAGAUUAUGGCUUUCCUUUUUCAAUUUAGACGAGUUAACUAUGAAUCUGGUUUUAGGGGUGCUUAAAUUGUAUGUGAAGACUCCUUCAAAGUAACCAAAAACCAUGAAGGCCAUCUCUUAAUCGCACCCUUUUUUUGCAAUUGAGAUGAACGUGGCUUUGAUGCUCCACAAAACUCCCUAAUUCAGUCCCCUCAUUU